AAAUAACACUACAGACAUCUCCUCCAUAAUGUGUCAACUGUAUCACUAUCCUCCCUCCAUCACCCCCUCCAUCAGCCUCUCCAUCCUCCCACACCCACUCCCCAAAUCCACAGGGGACCUCGGCUCCUUCUGAUUGGUCGGGGAUGAGUCAACGAGGGGGGACGGGAACAAUGUCAUCAUGUCGCCUUAAAAAGAGUGCAGCUAUGUUGUGGUGAAAGCACCUCGGGAAGAGAACAGAGGAUCAAUAGCAGCAGGAAACAACAACAAAAAAGACGCAUCAGAUGUUUCAGUCCGCGAGCGGCUGAAAGUGGAUUUCUUCUCCCCGCAGCAGCAGCGUCCCAAAGUGCCUUCAGCUCUCCGUCCAGCGCGAACAUGCCGAGAGGAUUUCUGGUGAAAAGGAACAAGAAAACCAACCCGGUGUCCUAUCGGGUCCGCUCUGAUGAAGAGGAAGCGGAACAAACAGCUGCGGAUGCGCCGCCGUCCUCCUGCGCGCCUCUCGCCUCCUACACCGUGCGCGCACAGACGCCGACGCCCACCUGCGGGGCGGCGGCCACGGCUCCGGAGCAGGUCGCCAGACCGGUGCAAUUCGGGAACCCGGAGGCGGUGUACCAGGCGCUCUACAGCCCCACCCGCCCUGUCAGCCAGGACCACGACCGCUCCUACUUGGAGAGACGCUUCAACCUCGGAUCACCAGUUUCCGCGGAGUCUUUUCCCACGCCGGCAGCGCUCCCCGCUCUGGAUCACCUCUUCGCACCGGUGGAUCUGAAAAUCGGCUCCAGCAACAGCAGCCGCACUGACACCAGCGUUACAGCCACCGCAACGCUCCCCCCCGCCGGGACCAAACGGCCGUCCAGCGACACCGAGCGCAAAAACAAACCGCCGUCUAAGAAAACCAAAGCGAUCCGGAAACUGCACUUUGAGGAUGAUGUCACCACAUCUCCAGUUCUCGGGCUCAAGAUCAAAGAAGCUCCGGUGGACCAGAAGACUCCCAAACCGCAGCCGGCCGGAGGUGACAACAUCCCGCUGGGUGAGUUCGUGUGCCAGCUGUGCCGGGAGGCGUACGCGGACCCGUUCGCUCUGGCGCAGCACAAGUGCUCCAGGAUAGUGCGGGUUGAGUACAGGUGUCCCGAGUGUGACAAGGUGUUCAGCUGCCCGGCGAACCUCGCGUCACACCGGCGGUGGCACAAACCGAAGCAGCAGAGCGGAGCUGCCGGUGCGCAACAUUUGGAGAGCGAAAAGGCGGCCGCGUCCGGAAAAACAGCGCUGGAUGAAGUAAAGGACUCCAGUGACAGGGACACACCCAGCCCCGGGCCGUCCGAGUCCGGCUCAGAGGAAGGGCUGUAUGAUUGUAAUCACUGUGGGAAAAAGUUUAAGCGCCAAGCGUACCUGCGGAAGCAUCUGGCGUCCCAGCACGGCUCACCUAAACCGGCGGAGGACGAGGACGCGCCGGCGUGUGAGCAGAGCGCGGCGCCACUGAACCUGAGCUCCUCCACCUGCCACCUGUGUCCGGUCUGCGGGGAGAACUUUUCCAACAGAGGCAGUCAGGAGCGGCACAUCCGCCUGCUGCACUCCUCACAGGUGUAUCCGUGCAAAUACUGCCCCGCCGUCUUUUACAGCUCCCCGGGACUCACCAGACACAUCAACAAAUGCCACCCGUCCGAGAACCGGCAGGUGAUCCUGCUGCAGAUGCCGCUCCGCCCCGCCUGCUGAUCCGGGACUUUAGGCUGCUUUCACGCCGUCACAUAACAAGAUAAUAAA